GCUCCUCUCUUCGGUCAGACGCACCACCGGUAGCGCUGAAGGUUCCGCUAGGUUUUCGAUUUGAUAAAGUUUCACGCGAGUUUUGAACUUUUACCUAAUAAGUCUUCAUCAAUCAACUAGACUACAACAAAUUCGAGUGUUGCUUCAGAAUAAACGCUCAAGAACAGUUGAAGUUCCCUUCGUGAAGCUACUGUUGUAAUUUAUUAUACACCGGAAGAAAAAUUGAUAAAAUGGGGUGGAUUAGAGUUUUUUGGUUCGUAUUAGUGACCGUAAAAUUGGUAUCGUACACAUUUUCACAAGAAUGUAGUAGACUUAUUGAAGCAGAAGGAUAUGGGUUUUACCGACUUACUUGUUCAUCAGUUCAAAGCCUCCCUCUACGACUAAACUACAAUAACAAAGGAGCUAAAGCUCUGUUUAUAACUUCUGGCACUAUCCAAUCGCUUCCAAGUUUUAGUUUUUUCAAUUUUCCACAUGUCGAAUCAAUCCAUAUUUCGCGCUGCAAUGUUCAAGAUAUUGUUCGAGGGGCAUUUCUCGAAUUAGGAAGUAUUCGUGAAGUUCAAAUAAAUCAUAACAACAUCCGUAACAUACGAAAAGGGGUGUUUACCUCCCUCACAAAUUUAAAAACGCUAGAUCUUUCCUAUAACUCCAUAGACAUGAUAGAAAAGGAUGCCAUGUACGGGCUAAUCAAUCUAAAAUAUGUUUCAACUCGUAGAAACAAUUUGAAGGAGGUUAACUUUUUGUUUGGUUUAUCUACUCUCAAUGUUAUAGACAUUUCGAUCAACAAAAUUACGUUUUUACAUCCAAGUACUUUCAAUGGUUUACAUCAACUGUCUGAUUUAAAUAUAAGCUUUAAUGAAAUUAAUUUCAUUGGUUUGGGAACAUUCAAAGACUUGAGAAAUCUAAGGAUAUUAGAUAUUUCCCACAACAAAUUAACCUCGAUCGGUUUGGGAUCGUUAUCAGGAUUAACUGUGGUAACAAAUUUAGAUUUGUCUCACAAUAAGUUGCAGACUAUUACCGCUGAGGCUUUUCACAUGUUAGAACAUCUUCAAUACUGGAAGAUUGACAACAACGAGAUCACUGAGUUUGAAACGGUACCGCUCCUUUCUUUUUUGGUAAAUUUGAAAAUAGUUCAACUCAACGGAAACAAUUUGGCAUGUUCAAUUCUUCUUGGAAUUUUAAAGGAAUUUCGUAAAGUUAACAUCAACUUGAAGUCCGGUUCGGAGUAUGAAAAGUAUAAUAUAAAAGGCAUCGCUUGUCAACCAACGAUCGUGCCGAUAAAAAUGGAUUUACAAAACGAACAAUUAAUGAAAAUUGUUAAUACAGUCGAUGGUAUUAAUAGAAAAUUUGAAAAUGUUCUGCAUCAACAUGAACUUGAAAUGAAAACAAUUUUUAAUUAUACCACAAGGAUCUAGUAAACACAAUAAUAAUGGUAGCAAUAAUGAAUUUGUUAACUUUAAAUAUUUUCUAAAAUUUACAUAUUUUUUGUUGUUUCAUGUGAAACAGAGUCGCUCAUCAGUUCUUUCUGUACACUUAAAAUACGUUUGUUAUUAGUUAGUUUAUUUUCAUACGUAGAUUAGUUCGAAGCAUUUAUUUUAUAUCA